AUGGAGGGAUUCAACCAAACCAGAGUACCUGAAUUUGUGUUACUUGGACUUACUGAUUCUCCUGAGCUUCAGAUAUUCUUCUUUGUUAUAUUUUCUCUUUUCUAUUUAAUGACCAUGCUUGCCAACUGUCUGAUUUUGCUCACAAUCAAAUCCACCUCCUAUCUCCACUCCCCAAUGUACUUCUUGCUCAGCAACCUGUCUCUCAUUGACAUGUGCCUGUCCUCCUUUGCCACACCAAAGAUGAUCAUGGACUUGUUGACUCAGCGUAAAACCAUCUCCUUUGAAGGCUGCAUUUCUCAAAUAUUUUUUUUACACCUCUUCACUGGGACUGAGAUUGUACUACUGAUUUCCAUGUCUUUUGACAGGUAUAUUGCCAUAUGUAAACCUCUCCAUUAUUCAACAAUUAUGAGUGGAAAGGUCUGUGUUGGGCUUGUGAUAACUUCUUGGACAGUGGGCUUCCUACAUACAGCAAGCCAGUUAGUAUUUAUGCUUUCUUUGCCAUUUUGUGGUCCUAAUGUUAUAGAUAGUUUCUUUUGUGACCUUCCUUUGGUUAUCCAGCUGGCUUGUAUAGAUAUGUAUGUUCUUGGGAUCUUCAUGAUCUCAACCAGUGGUGUUAUUGCUCUUGUAAGUUUUCUGCUUUUGCUCACUUCCUACAUUGUUGUUCUUGUCACUCUCAGGGAUCACUCCUCCACAAAAUCAUCUAAAGUUCUCUCUACUUGUACCGCACAUUUUAUGGUUGUGUUUAUGUUCUUUGGGCCUUGCAUCUUUAUUUAUGUGUGGCCUUUCACAAGCUUCCUGGUGGACAAAAUUCUCUCUGUUUUCUAUACCAUUUUUACUCCCUUUCUGAAUCCUCUUAUCUAUACAUUGAGAAACCAUGAAGUAAAGACAGCAGUGAAGAAACUAAGUAACCAGUAUGGCAAUUAUAGGACACAAUAUCCAGUAUAA